UUGCUUAACAAAAACAGUGUUACAAAAUCACCCAGAAAAGCGCAGUUAAUAAUAGCAAGAGUUUCACCUAUGAAAGAGAAAAUGGGCCAAAUUCAUAGGAGGAAACAGUCAAUUGUCAUUUAUGACAACUUUGGCUGAUCCGAAAAGCCAUCCAAUUUAAUUUCCAGCACUAUUUAAACUGAAAUAAUUGAAGGAAAGAAAAAGAAAAAAAAAAAAAGUAGAGACACAUUACGCUGUACAAAGAAAAUUGAGAAAAGACAAAAAAAAGAGCCAAUGAAAGAAAAUCCACAUAAGGCUUGGUGAUGCUGCUGUUUUCUUGAAAUAUGGCAUCAAUCAAUGAAAGGUUCGGAUUACCCAUAUUGCCCUCCUUCAAAACAGAACAGAAACUGCUCUGUACUCCCUCAAUUACAGGUAUCUUCUCAUGCCUCUUUGGUUGAAGCUGUUCUGCACUCUCCUGCUCGCAUGUCAUGUCAAGUUCGGGUUAGGAUGAUUUUUUCCAUUCUCUAUUUUCAUGGUCUAGGGCUUUAAGAAAUAGUGGGGUGUUGGUUUGGCUAAGAAAUAAGUCUUGAAUUAGGUACUAGUUGUAGAAAUCGUUGCAAUUUGAUGAUGAGAGAAAUUGAGAAACAAGUCUGGAUCUUGACUUCGAGGGAAAACAAGUUUGAGAAAGAAAAAUAAAAGAUAAAUUUUGAGUCAAGUCUGGAAGUUCCCUUCAAUUAUUCACUUCUUAUCCUCACAGCAAAAAGUACAACAAUACCAAUGCUCCAUAUACUUGUGGUUCCUCUUCCUCUCCAAGGCCACAUAAACCCAAUGUUCCAAUUCUCAAAACGCUUAGCAUCCAAAGGUUUAAGGGUGACACUUGUCACCAUCUCCUCUGACACUCAUCAUGAGCCCAUAGAAACCCAAUUGAGCUUGGUCAAGAUUGAGUCAAUUUAUGCUGCAUCUGAAGAAGCAGACAAGAUUAAUGCAGAGAACAAGAUGCAGUGGCUCCAAAACAUUUUGUCAAAAAGAUUACCUGAGCUGAUUUCAAAGCAAGAGAGCAUUGGGUACCCAAUUAGCUGCAUUAUCUAUGACUCAGCCAUGACAUGGGCUCUGGACAUGGCCAAAGGGCUAGGCAUUGCUGGGGCUUCAUUUUUCACUCACUCUUGUGCUGUUGGAACCGUGUACUGUAAUGUGCACCAAGGGGUGCUUAGUGUUCCUCUGAAAGAGGGUCCAAUUUUACUACCUGGGUUGCCACUACUUGAGCCUCAUGACCUGCCGUCUUUCAUCUAUGAUCCAGGCUCCUACCCCUCCUUUUUAAAGUUGGUGGUUGGCAGGUUUUCAAAUAUCACUGAUGCUGAUUGGAUCUUCUGGAACAGUUUUGAUUGCUUGGAACAAGAGGUGGUGAGCUGGAUGAGAACAAGAUUGCCAAUCAAGACAAUAGGGCCAACCCUUCCAUCAAUGUACCUAGACAAAAGGUUAGAAGAUGACAGAGACUAUGGUUUCAACCUUUUCACACCCAACAUUGACACUUGCAUCAAGUGGUUAGAAUCAAAAGAUACAGGCACAGUGGUGUAUGUAUCGUUUGGAAGCAUGGCUAACCUAGAAGAAAAGCAGAUGCAGGAGCUAGCAUUGGGCCUAAAAAGGAGCAAAACCAACUUCUUGUGGGUAGUCAGAGAAUCAGAAAUUCAAAAGCUUCCUAGCAAUUUCGAAGAGCAAACAUCAGAGAAGGGUUUGGUUGUGAAUUGGUGCCCUCAACUGCAAGUUUUGGCUCACAAGGCCGUUGGUUGCUUCAUGACACAUUGUGGGUGGAACUCUACACUUGAGGCAUUGAGCUCAGGGGUGCCAAUGGUGGCAAUGCCACAGUGGACUGACCAAUUGACAAAUGCUAAGUUUGUGGAAGAUGAAUGGAAAGUUGGAGUGAGGGUCAAGGUUGACCAAAUGGGAAUUGUCACUAAAGAAGAAAUAGAAAGAUGCAUAGCACAAGUCAUGGAAGGAGAGAGAGGGAAUGAGAUUAAAAGGAAUUCAAUGAGAUGGAGAGAAUUGGCUAAGGAGGCUGUGGCGGAAGGUGGAAGCUCUGAUAAGAACAUUGAGGAAUUUGUAGCAGCUCUCUUAUGUAAAUAAACAUAGGUUUGUGGGAGGAAGUAUUAAUGUUUAUGUUGUGAAACUAUCGACUUGAACUACACAUUUAAAUAAGAAUCUACUAUUUGAUUCCAUAUCA